AUGGCCCUCAAUGAGAUUCAGUCUAUUUCGAAGGACGCACGGCGUUUCCCCGGUGCCACCACCCCUACGCAGCCUAUAAAUACCAGCGGAGGACCUCGGGCACCAUCAAACACUCCACUUGUCUCCCCAGAUCAACUCUCACACAGCCCUGACUUGACGCAGCUAAACCAGGCCCUUUCAAAUCUUUACGGGACUGCUCAAGCUGUUUCAGCAAACACGAAUUUGGAGGAAGGUGAAGAUCCUAGCAGCACAUUCUGCGUUACCUUCGAGGAUUUCGUGUCGUUUGCGAAUUGGGCCUCUCUAACCUAG